AAUAUCAGCAGAUGAUAAUCCACGCCAGAUACCCUGAAGACCGUGCAGCAGUCAGACUGUAGCUCCAGUGUCUGUCCAGCAGAGGUCGCUGUUUGACCGUCUUUGGCUGUUUGUCCCGAACCUUCAGAGCUGGGCUGGAAGCUGCAGCUUUGAUAACGUUAGCUAAAAGCCAAUCUGCGGCUUCUGUUCCCUACGAGCCGUGCUGCGCCCGCUAAACAGCUGUGCACCAUUUGCUGUACUGGAGAACAGGACCUCCAGCUCUGUAAGGAGAAUAGAGCCCCAUUGGACGGAAACACUGUUUGGUUUUUCAAAAUGUUUAACCUGAUGAAAAAGGAUAAGGAGAGGGAAGGCAGUAGGAAGGAGAAAAAGGAUAAGAAAGAGAGGAUGUCUGCAGCAGAGUUGCGCAGCCUGGAGGAGAUGAGCAUGCGGCGUGGUUUUUUCAAUCUCAAGAGGGAGGCCAAGCGUGAGUCCAAGAACAAACUAGAGAUCUCUAACCCCAUUCCCAUCAAAGUGGCCAGCAGCAACGAGCUCACCCUCACUGAUAUUGAAUCGGAUGGCUUGAGCAACCGAAGCAGUAUGGUUCUCGAUGGCCAGCUGAGUGCUGCCAGCUCCACUGAUGACCUGAAGGGUGAGGGUGGUGGAGGACAGGAUGGUCACCGUGGCUCAGUACGUGAUCGUGUGGCACACUUUGGGUCACUUGCCAAGCAAAACUCAUCGCAGGUGGGUCAGAUGAUGAAAAGAUUCUCCUUUUCUCAGAGGAGCAAAGAGGAGAGCCCUUCGGAGGGCUCCACCCCCUCAGGCCAAAACUCUGCUGCCCCGUCCCCGCAGGUGGAGAGCAAAGUGUUCAGCAUGCUCCGCAAGCACAGCCUCAUGCAGCCGCCUGGAGCACUGGCAACCAAAAAAGUCUGCAUCCCUGAAGUGGUUGACAAGACCUUUCCGGCACAGCUGCAGCUACCAGCUGUCGUUGCGCCAAGUGCACCAGAAACACGUGAGCUGGAGCUUCAGCGCCGCAACACUGGCGACUUUGGAUUUUCUUUGCGUCGCACUACAAUGUUGGACCGCAGCCCUGAUGGAGGCGUGUACAGGCGUGUGGUCCACUUUGCAGAGCCUGGUGCCGGCACCAAGGACCUGGCGCUGGGGCUGGUGCCGGGGGACAGGCUGGUGGAGAUAAAUGGACGGAAUGUGGAGAACAAGAGCCGUGAUGAGAUAGUGGAGAUGAUCCGUCAGUCGGGAGACACAGUGAGGCUAAAGGUGCAACCCAUCCUGGAGCUGAGCGAGCUGAGCCGCUGCUGGCUGAGAAAUACCGAGGGUCAACGCGGGGAGGCCAGACAUGUGAAGACAGAGGAGCAGAUUGCAGCCGAGCAGGCCUGGUAUGGAUCAGAGAAAGUUUGGCUAAUCCACAAAGAUGGCUUUUCCCUGGCCACUUUGUUGAAGACAGAGGAAGGCUCUCUACCAGAGGGCAAGGUGAAAAUCAAACUUGAACAUGAUGGGACAACACUGGAUGUAGACGAAGACGAUGUAGAGAAGGCCAACCCACCAUCAUACGGCCGAUCAGAGGACCUAGCCUCAUUGCUCUAUCUGAAUGAAUCCAGUGUGAUGCACUGCCUGAGGCAGCGCUACGGAGGCAACCUCAUCCACACCUUUGCUGGACCCAACAUGGUCAUCAUCAACCCCCUCAGCACACCCUCCAUGUACUCUGAGAAGGUGAUGCACAUGUUCAAAGGAUGUCGGCGUGAGGACUCUGCUCCUCAUAUCUACUCUGUAGCUCAGUCGGCCUACCGCAACCUACUUACCACCCGGCAGGAUCAGUCCAUCGUGCUGCUUGGCAAAUCUGGCAGCGGCAAGACCACAAACUGUCAGCACCUGGUCCAGUAUUUGGUAUCUAUUGCUGGGAGCACGGGCAAAAUCUUCUCUGCUGAGAAGUGGCAGGCCGUGUACACCAUCCUGGAGGCUUUUGGCAACAGCUCCACUUCCAUGAACAUCAACGCUAGCCGCUUCUCCCACGUAGUGUCCCUUGAUUUUGACCAGGCUGGCCAGGUGGCCUUUGCCUCAAUCCAGACAAUGCUGCUGGAGAAACUGCGUGUGAGCAGACGACCUGAAGCAGAAUCCACAUUCAACGUCUUUUACUACUUGAUGGCCGGAGCCGACAGCAGCCUGAAAACGGAGCUGCACUUAAACCACCUAGCUGAGAAGAGUGCUUUUGGGAUCCUACCUCUGUCUAAGCCUGAGGACAAGCAGCGAGCCUCACAGCAGUUCACCAAGCUGCAGGCAGCCAUGAAGGUGCUGGGCAUCUCUGGUGAAGAGCAGAAGGCCCUCUGGCUCAUCUUGGGAGCUAUUUAUCACUUGGGGGCUGCAGGAGCCACAAAAGACGGAGAUGAAGCUGGACGUAGGCAGUUCGCCCAUCAUGAAUGGGCCCAGAAGGCUGCCUACCUGCUGGGCUGUACCUUGGAGGAACUGUCCUCUUCGAUCUUUAAGCACCAAGCCAAAGGACUGCAGCAUUCCACCUCCUUCAGAGGAGGAUCAGACGAGGCCAGCCAAGGUGACAGCUCAGGCUCCAAAGUCAUAGCUCUGGAGUGUUUGGAGGCCAUGGCAUCUGGACUGUACUCUGAGAUCUUCACUCUUGUUGUUUCCUUCAUCAACAGGGCUCUUAAGUCCAGUCAACACUCUCUGUGCUCCCUGCUGAUUGUGGACACUCCGGGUUUCCAGAACCCUCGGCUGGCUCAGCAGCAACGGGGAGCCACAUUUGAGGAGCUCUGCCACAACUACACCCAGGAGAGGCUGCAGACACUGUUCCAUGAACGCACCUUCGUCCAGGAGCUGGAGAGAUACAAGGAGGAAAACAUAGAGCUUGCUUUAGAUGACAUAGAGUCCAGUACCUCAAUGUCUGUAGCAGCAAUUGACCAAGCCUCAACCCAAGCUCUGGUGCGUACUCUGGCUAGGACAGAUGAGGCUCGGGGCCUUCUGUGGUUGAUGGAGGAGGAGGCUGUUCAGCCUGGGGGUUCAGAGGAAACCAUGCUGGAGAGACUCUUCAAUUACUACGGCUCUGCACAGGGAGAAAACAAAGGAGCUAACCUGCUGCUGCGAGGAGAGAAGCCCCACUUAUUCCUGCUGGGCCACAGCCACGGGACAGAUUGGGUGGAGUACAAUGCUCAGGGAUGGCUGAGCCAUGCCAAGCACAACCCUGCUGCCCAGAAUGCUGCCACACUGCUGCAGGACUCCCAGAAGAAGAACAUCAGUGGGCUGUUUAUGGGCCGGGCCAGUGGCGCCACAGUGUUGUCAGGCUCCAUUGCUGGACUGGAGGGUAGCUCCCAGCUUGCUCUGCGUCGAGCCACUAGCAUGAGGAAAACCUUCACUACAGGCGUGGCUGCUGUCAAGAAGAAGAGCCUUUGCAUCCAGGUCAAACUUCAAGUGGAUGCUUUGAUUGACAUGGUGCGUCGCUCCAGGGUUCAUUUUGUCCACUGCCUACUGCCCAAAGCAGAGGCAGUGGGUGGAGGAGGUGAGCCCCGUGUGACCCAUGGAGAGAGCCCAGACUCGGGCCUUAUGACUUUGGAUGUUGGCCUCCUGAGAGCCCAGCUCCGAGGAUCCAAACUGCUGGAUGCUCUACGCAUCUACAGGCAAGGAUACCCAGACCACAUGGUAUUUUCUGAGUUCCGCAGGCGCUUUGAUGUCCUGACACCUCAUCUGACCAAGAAGCAUGGCCGCCACUAUAUUGUAACAGAUGAGAAGAGGGCAGUGGAGGAGUUGCUGGAGUCCUUGGAGCUGGAGAAGAGCAACUACCACUUGGGGCUGAGCAGGGUGUUCUUCAGGGCAGGAACUUUGUCCAGGCUGGAGGAGCAGCGGGACGUGCAGACGAGGAGGAACAUCUCUAUGUUCCAGGCUGCAUGCAGGGGAUACCUGGCUAGACAUGCCUUCAAGAAGAGGAAGAUCCAGGAUUUGGCCAUCCGCUGUAUUCAGAAGAACAUUAAAAAGAAUCGUGGUGUCAAAGACUGGCCAUGGUGGAAGCUCUUGACCACAGUCAGACCUCUGAUAGAGGUGCAGCUCACUGAGGAACAAAUCCGUGGCAAAGACGAAGAGAUCCAGCAGCUGAAGCAGAAGGUGGAGAAGGUGGAGAAAGAGAGGAAUGAGCUGAGACUCAGUAACGAUCGCCUUGAGAGCCGGAUCACAGAGCUGUCGUCAGAACUGGCUGAUGAGCGUAAUACAGGGGAGUCGGCCUCCCAGCUGCUGGAGACUGAAACUUCUGAGAGACUCCGCCUGGAGAAAGACAUGAAGGACCUGCAGGCCAAGUUUGACAGCAUGAAGAAACAGAUGGAGUCCAUGGAGAUGGAGGUGAUGGAGGCUCGACUCAUCAGGGCUUCUGAACUCAAUGGAGAGAUGGAUGAUGAUGACACAGGAGGAGAGUGGAGGCUGAAAUAUGAACGAGCCAUCAGAGAGAUUGAAUUCACCAAGAAGAGACUGCAGCAGGAGUUUGAUGACAAGCUGGAGGUUGAACAGCAGAACAAACGGCAGCUGGAGAGGAGGAUAAGUGACCUGCAGGCCGAUAAUGAAGAGUCUCAGCGAAACAUCCAGCAGCUGAAGAAGAAAACACAACGCCUGACUUCUGAAUUGCAGGACACCAAACUUCAUUUGGAGGGCCAACAGAGCCGCAAUCAUGACCUGGAGAAGAAGCAGAGGAAGUUUGACAGUGAGCUGAGUGCAGUCCAGGAGGAGGUUCAGAGGGAGAGGAGCCUAAGGGAGAAACUCGCUCGAGAGAAGGACAUACUGAGUGGAGACGCUUUCAGCCUCCGACAGCAGCUAGAGCCGGGGGGCCCGGACGGACGGACGCUCCUCGCCGUCGGCUGGGAUGGACGGACGCUCCUCACCGUCAGCCGAGAGAAUCAAACAUACAUCCAGGUUCAAACUAGUAUCACACAAAGCGAUUAUAAGAUCCAGAAAGAAGCUCCGUGCAUUAGCAACUCUGCGUGCUGUUCUUCCCCUCUGGAGGAGCAGCUGAGCCGUCUGCAGAGAGAGAAAAAUGACCUGCAGUCCAGAGUGGAGGAGGACCAGGAGGACCUCAAUGAGCUAAUGAAGAAACACAAAGCUGCUGUGGCCCAGUCGGCCCAGAACCUGGCUCAGAUCAGUGACCUCCAAGCCCAGCUGGAUGAGGCCCUCAAGGAAAAGCAGGAUAUUCAAGAAAAGAUGCAAGCCCUCCAGAGCCAACUUGAUUUCCAGGAACAGUCCAUGGUGGAGAAAUCUCUCGUCAGCCGGCAGGAGGCCAAGAUUCGUGAACUGGAGUCCAAGCUGGAGUUUGAGAAGACCCAGGUCAAACGCCUGGAGAGCCUUGUAGCUCGUCUUAAGGAGAACCUGGAGAAGCUUACGGAGGAACGAGACCAGCGCAGCAGCAGUGAGAACCGAGAGAAGGAGCAGAACAAACGUCUGCAGAGACAGAUCCGCGACGUCAAAGAAGAGAUGGGUGAACUUGCUAAAAAGGAAGCCGAGGCCAGCCGCAAGAAACAUGAGCUGGAAAUGGAUAUUGAGAGCUUAGAGGCUGCAAAUCAGAGCCUGCAGGCAGACCUCAAGCUGGCUUUCAAAAGGAUUGGUGACCUCCAGGCAGCCAUCGAGGAUGAGAUGGAGAGUGAUGAUAAUGAAGACCUUAUCAACAGUUUGCAAGAUAUGGUGACAAAGUAUCAGAAAAGACAGAACAGAACUCAGGGGGAUUCAGACACAGAUUCUGAGGUGGAGGAUCGUGUGGAUGGGGUGAAAUCUUGGCUGUCAAAAAGCAAAGGUUCCGCAAAGAACCUCUCAGAUGACGGCAGCCUCAAGAGCUCCAGAUUUGCUUUAAAUGUAGACGCAAAUGAAGGGAACGAUUGGAAGGAGGGUAAGGAAUGGAAAAAGGCGAAUAAAGAGAGCAAAGAGGUAGAGUCAAGCAGGCCAGUGUCAGUGAUGAGCUCCCUCAGCUACAGAAAACAAUCAAGCCUUGACACUGCCAAGUUAGAAAAUGAAACCUUACAUAAGACUAAACCCAAAACCUCAGAUCUUAAGGAUGACACCUUCUCAGUAAGCUCAAGGAGGAAGCCACAGCUAGGGGAUGAAAGGAAUGACACAGAAUCAGUCGUGUCCCAGACCUAUUCAGAAGUCAACAGCAGAGCUAGGGCAGGCAGGGACAGCUGCUGGUCUGACUUUGACAAAGAAUCAACCAUUUUAUUCGCUGCACCAAGUCGGGCCUCUACACGUCUCGGUUUAAACCCUGAGAAUGAUGCAAAGUCUACCAUCAGCUUAGGUUUGUCAAGCCCACGUGGACGUCGAUACACCUCACACUUAGAUGAGGACCGUGGUGGGCGGUCAUUGUAUGGUAGCAGUCCCAGUAGCCCUUGCUUUAGUAGACGGUCUGGGGGUCGCAGUCCUGGAAGUGUUAGCCAAGCUGAUUCCCAUAUGUCGCUGGCACGCAGCUGCCGUCUGAGCGAGUUUGAUGUUGAUAUAGAUGAUAGUCGAAGUGUGGCCUUCACUGAGAGGCCAACAUACAGUCCUCACUCAUCCACUGGCCGCAGUAUCUCCAUGCCACCACCGCAGGCUAGAUCAUCAACUGCUGGUAAUGACCCAGCUGAUAACUGGGACAUCAAAACAGUCAGUCAUCGCAACUACCUCGACCCUGAUCUAGAGAAAGCCAUAAAUGAGGUGCUGAGUUUCAAGCCAAUCAAAUUCAAACGCAGGAGCUUAGAGAACUCUGAGGGUGAAGAAGAAAAAAUUAAGAAUGAUGAAGACGACAGCAAAGCACGGAACCGCGACAGUUCUUGCCUUGCCAGCAGCCUCAGACGCUCUGCAUCUGCUGUGGACUGCAUGAGAUCAUCUCACAGAGCCAACAGCUGCAGCAGUCGCCACCGCAGCAAGAGCAAGAGCAAGAAAAAGAAGAGGAGCCACAGUUCUGAGUCUGAUAGCUCAGGAAAUGACCAGGGUCACAGGAGUAGUUCCAAGAGGAGGUCCAAGAAGUCCAAGAAAAAGUCCAAAAAGAGGGAUCAGUCUUCUUCCUCAUCAUCAUCAUCUUCAGAUUCUGAGUCAGACACUGGAUCUGAAUCAAGCUCUGGUGCUUCUACAAUUUCUUACCGAAGCUCCAGCAGUGUGAAGAGGGCCCCAGUUCCAAAGGCGUCCAGCCCAGAAGAAGAAGAAGCAAGGCCACAGAGUGAAAGCCAACCCCUUAGUAAAAAGGAUGAUAAGAAAAGGAAGAAGAAGGUGGACAGUCUGAUGAUGAAGUACCUGUACCGACCGGACAGUGACUGAGGCAGGCACCCCCCCGGUCGAAGACGUUACUGCUUCGACAUUUCUGAUGAAGAGGAGGAGGAAGAAGAAAAAAAAGAAGACGGGGCGAUCCAGGGCUCAUACUCCUCUCAAUACAGAUACGGCAGCCAUCUGAAAGACAGCGAGGAC